AUGGCUGAGCCGGAACGGGUCCGCCUUCCCGCGCGGUCCACCCGCGGAAAACGCGUGUCGGAGCUGGUGGGGGAGGAUCUAGACGCGGAUGAGGAGUUUUGGAAUCAAAAUGCCUUUCAGGAGGAAGCAGAGGAUGCAGAGUACGCAAUGGAGGGCGAGAUGGAAGACGUUUUUGACAGCGACUUUGAUGAUGACGAGCCGGACAACGAGGAGGAGGAAGCUGGCGCAGAAGUGAAAGAGAGACCCACCAAGCGCCGCCUCCUGCCCCCAGGCACCAAGAAGAAGCCAAAAAAACCCACCAAGGCAGCAAAAAAGGGCGCGGGGGGAAAGAAACCUCCAACAGAGAAGGGGAAAGCGAGCGAGAGGGUUGGCGAGGAGGCAGCGGGUGAUUGGCUGGAGGGAGAGAAGGGGAAGAGUAAAGAUGGGAAGAAGAGUGGCGUGGGAAAGAGCAGGCAGAGACCGGUGGUGGUGAGGGACAUGGAGCGGCAGAUGCUGAGGGCUGCGAGGGAAGGGGCGCCCAAGGCGGUGAGGAAGAGGAAGGAGGGCGAGAGACGGUGGACACAGGAGGAGAUGCUUCUGGAGGCGGCACAGACAGAGAUUUUGAACCGAGAGGCACUGGCAGUGAUGCUGGCGAGGGAGGAGGAGGUGAAGAGGAAGGCCGUUGUGGAAAAGGCAAUCUUCGGCGGGCCACAGAUCCGAUUCCACUCCAAGGACGGCAAGAAUGUCCUUGAAUUUACCAAAGUUGCGGCUGUUCCUCCAGAGAUCAACGCAAAAGCCCCUCCCUACCCUGCCAAGCUUACUUGUGUGAUCACAGGUUUACCAGCAAAGUACCGAGACCCACUCACAGGCCAGCCGUACGCCACGAUCGAGGCCUUCAAAGUCAUUCGGCAAAGGUGGCAGGAGGAGCAGGCCACAAAGAAGAGGCUGAGGUAA